CGGCGAAACUUCCGUCCACUCGAGAUGUGAGCGCAGCGAUGAUGCUUCGUGGACCUCAGCACUGCCUUGAGAGUCGGCUUGCAGGCUAUACAACAACCAUAGUACAAAUCAGUGGCUGCAUUACUCGGGAAGACUCCAUGAUCGCCUGUUCCGCGGCUCGUCUUCUGCACCCCAUUCCGUACUUGGCGGUGGACACUGUAAAGAUCAAGCUCCCGGGAGUCACCGCUACCUCAAUGCACGUCUGAUGACGCUGGGGUGGCCCCUUCGUCGGACUUCUGCAGCCUCCGGGCGCCUGAUCUCACCGCCUGUACAAUUUGCUGUGCGUGAUCAUCCCCACCUUUCUCUCUUGCGCACACCAUCUGGCUUGCAAUAAUGCGAGGAAAAGACGUGCGCGCGCUGGCACUGGGAAUGGCCUUCUUCUUCCUUACGACCCUCGGCGUCUGGGGACAACAAUCCCAACAGUCAUUUACGCCGGCCUGGGUCCCGCUCGCCGUACGAUCGCCGCACCUGAAUGCCUGGGUCUGGAAUAGCAGCGAGACUACGAAACAUUGGCCACGAUUUGGACUAGAUACCGACAAAAUCCUUGCGUGGUCCCAGUUUGUCAAGGUCGACGGCGUCAGUUAUAGCCUUCUGGGAGAUUAUACCUUCCCCGGAAACUAUACUGUGAAGAGCUCGCGGAUGACGCCUACUCGCACAAUUAUCGUCACCGACUUGGGCGGCUUCGUCGAAGUCACUACGACGUUCUUUAGUCCAAUUGAACCUGGUGUCAUGGAACGCCAGUCAAUGCCCUUCGCGUACAUGUCCGUGAAAGCUUCGUCGAUCGAUGGGAAGCCACAUGUGGUUGCUCUUUACUCGGAUGUCACCGGCGAAUGGGUCUCUGACAACGCCUCCACCAUCGUGACUUGGGACACCGUGCAGGCUGCGUCCUACACCUACCACAAGGUUCAACGCAAGGAUCUGCCACUGCACCCUUUCGAAGAAAAUGCAGGCGUAGCGGAGGACGCAACGCUCUUCUUUGGCAUCCAGGCUGCUAAGACACCGCCCAUGUCCUACCGUACCGAUGGUGAAUCGACGACCCGCGAUCUGUUUGUCAAGGAGGGUAAUUUGGGCAAUAAAGCGACCAUGAACGACCGCGCUAUAAGUGCCGAAUGGCCGGUCGUCGCGUUCGCCUACAACCUCGGCACUGUCGAAAAUGAGAGCGAAGAGGUCAUAUUCGCGAUCGGCCUGGCACGCAACCAGAUCAUCAAGUUAAAAGUCGGAUCUGGAGAGCAGGUUCGAUAUCCGUACUACCUCUCGCGCUAUGAUUCGGCGAACGAGGCGUUCCAGGACUUCCUUCAGGACUACGAUGACGCGUCGAAGCGGGCAGACGCCCUCGAUUCCAGGAUCAUGGGAGAGGCUUCGAAUAAAUCUGCCGAGUACGCUGAUCUGGUAGCCCUUGGGACGCGCCAGGCCCUAGCUGGCCUCGAAAUCACGGUCACCAAUGCGUCCGACGGCACCCUCGAUACUUCUGACAUUCAGGCGUUCAUGAAGGACAGCGGUAACAGCCUCCACGUUAACUCUGUUCAGGUUAUGUACGCGGCUGCGCCAGCGUUAUUGUAUAUCAACGCGACAUGGCUCGGUUACCUCCUCAAGGCGUCGCUGCAGCACGCGAACUCACUUUCGCCCUCGCCUCAGACUGCGCCGCAAGAUCUCGGCUUUUCCUACCCCGCAGCGUCCGGCGAUACAUCAUCUCCAGACUCAUCCCUUGGCGUGGAAGCGUCGAGCACACUUCUCAUCUUGGCCUAUGCGCACGCGACUUUCUCUGGAGAUGGUGCUCUAAUCCAGGAAUAUUACGACAACCUCAAGACGUGGGCGGACUACCUGGCGCAGCACACACUGUAUCCAAACCAGGAUCAGAAUACAGCCGAGGGCGACAAUGGCGCAGAUAAUACUAAUCUCGCGCUGAAGGGAAUUCUGGGGCUUCACGCCAUGUCUAGAAUCAGCGAGUCGCUUCACAAGGACGCAGAUGCGGCCGAUUACGCCGGAAACGCGUCAGGCUUGAUUAGCCAGUGGAAGGACUUGGCCGUCGCGGGGGACCAUCUGGCACUGACUUACGACGACCCGUCGAGUAGUGGCCUGAUCUUUAACAUGUACGCCGACAAGCUGCUCAAGACGAACAUAGUCUCGGAUGACGUUUAUGAGCUCCAGACGAGACUUUAUGGCGCGGAGCUCGACUCUGGGCAAGCCGCAUACGGUCUUCCUUACAGAAGCGACCACAACACUGGAGGUCGCGCAGAUCUAUCUCUUCUUGCGGCAGCGGCAGCAUCAAAUGGUACGACUCGGGAUGCCUUCAUCAAGAGCGUAUGGAACAGGGCUGCCAACAACAGCUUGGAUGGCUGCUUUCCCUACGCCUAUAGCCUUGAUACAGGCACGGCAAACACGGGUACAGGUAGUCCAGCCCUCGGGGCGGUAUACUCGCUCCUUGCUCUCGAUCUGAAGAAGCGACCUAUCACCUUCCCAGCGGCGGAUGAUAGCAGCCAAAGCUCAAGGACCAAAGCCAUUGUUGGCGGUGUUGUAGGAGGAGUAGCCGGUGCCGCGCUGUUGGCACUUGCAACGUUCUUCUUCCUGCGUCGUAGGGCACGAUUGAACAACAAGGUCGUACCCGAAUUGGUUGACAGCUCCUUGCGGGAUACAACAUCGCUACCACAGCCAUGGCGCGCCUCGGGCUCGGAGGGCGGCAUUCCUCGCAAGCGCCGCAACAUGGCCACACCUGAAGUCACUGCAUCGAAUAUCCCAAGCCAGAUGGCGAACGACGUGCGGAAGACGCGAACACCUUCCACUACGACAUCACCCCCUGCUAGGACGUCCUAUGCAGCUGACGGGACACUGGCUGCUACUACUGAGACGCAUGCGCAACCAGAGUCGACGGCGAGCGCCGGUGACUCCAACAAUGCAGCAGGCGAUACGACGCUUCUUCGUAACAAGCUGGAGAACCUUAGACGGGAGGUGGUGGAAAUACGGCACCAGCAGUCGUACGCAGAUGUACCGCCUCCAGAAUACUCUUGAUGGCGGAACUUCACUUCAUGUCUGUACAGUUUGUCGCGUAGUAAUAUAGCGGAAACUUGGUCGCCGCAGUGCGUCGAGCGAGCUUGAUCCACC